AUGCGGUUUUCGGUUCUUGCGUCUGCAGUUGCGUCGUUGGCAGUAGGCGGUUUGGCCGAAGCGGAUGGAACUAAACAGGUUCACCAGGUCCGCCACGAUGAAUGCGCACCAUUGUUCUCUGGAUCCGGUCCAACGAUAUCCCCUGAUACACCGGAAGCGUUUCUUAACAGCCAGGGACUAAAGGUGCAGGCUCUGCGAAUGGCUCUGUCCGCUGCUGCUCUCACUCCCGAUGGCUAUCGAUCCGCAUUCUCUGGACUACAAGCAUUUGUUUCGACCGAUAGUUUCCAAGCUGUCCAUAUCCUCCAGCAAUAUGAUCCGGUGGUGUGCGCGGAACUCUGCAAUCAGAGCGAGGGGUGCUUAGGGUUUAACGUCUUCAUCGAACGUAACCCCUCGGCAGUCCCGGAUGACGGCGAUUGCAGCAAUCCUCCUAGCAUCACGAACUUCAAGUGUACGAUUUUUAGUAGCUCCAUCACAAGCGACCUAGCCACGGAUGCGGUCACAAUGGCUUAUGGCUUCAGUGUUGUUGUAACAGGCUCAAACGGAUAUAACAAAGUCGCGGCUCCGCAGUCGAGUGCAGGGGACGGCGCCCCUGAGCAACUUCCCGCUGCCAUAGUUGCGCCAGACGCCUCUACAUAUCUCGGAUACACGUUCUACAAGUUCAGCCAAGGCGGCACCGACUCGCCAGGCCAAUGCGCUGCCGCCUGUGGAGGCAAGAGUGGAUGUACUUUCUUCAAUUCAUAUAUUCUCUCCAUGAACGACGUGCCGCAAGGCCUGUAUUGUUCGUUGUAUUCGACAGCGUGGGGCGCGGAGUUUGCCACGAAUUCUGGGUCAUAUAGCGGCUUAGACAAGUUCACAGUGUCAAGGUCGGAAGGUUAUAGAAUACAGUAAUUGAAUAACUGCGAUAGUUAACAUCGUGGCCUCAAACCACUCUGUAAAGAAGUGCUACAAUCCCUUUCACCGAUGAAUAUGACUCUAAUCAUCCCACCCACCAACGCCGGCACAAUGCAGUAUCAGACAACGACGACACGAGUGGUGUCAGGAAUCUACGGCUACCAAAUCCUCUUCGCAACCAUCGCAUACCUGUCCACGCCAUCCAGCCCUUUGCUCCCCUUAUCCAGAUCCCUCCCCCCCUGCUCCGUCUCCUUCGCCCGCUCCC